GUGGUCACGGUCAUUCAAGGCUCAGACGUUAUGGAUAUCAGCCAGUCGUCGUUAAAAAGCAUGCUCGCCCAGCUUUAGCAAAACAUAGCGCCGAAUCUCGCUACUGGCGCCAGUUCAAACAUCCAGUUUUUAUCAAGGAAUAUGCUCCAGUGACCUCGAUACACUUUUCAUCGGCAAAACCACAUCGGUACGCUGUUACAGCAGCAACUCGUGUGCAGAUUUAUGCCCCUAGGACGCAAAAAGUAACCAAAACGAUAUCACGUUUCAAAGACGUGGCACGGAGUGGAAGCAUACGGAACGACGGGAAACUUGUGGUUGCAGGCGAUGACACUGGUUUGAUACAAGUAUUCGACAUAAAUUCACGUGCUAUUCUCCGUACGCUCGACUCCCAUAAACAACCCGUACAUGUCACCAAAUUCUCUACACUCAAUCCAACACAAGUACUGUCUUGUUCUGACGACACAACAGUC